GGUGCGCGCUGUGGAUGACGACAACUUCAACUCCCCCCUUCACGCUCCUCCUUGGUGCAUUUGUGAUUUCCGACAGGAUCUUCUCGACUGGAUUACCUUUUUUCUUUUUCUUUUCAUUAUUAUUAUACCAAAGAGAACUUUUAGAAAAGCCUUUUUCUAAAACAGUCAGGAUUUGUGUGUGUGUGCGUGACGGACAAGUGCACCGCGCGCCUGGCUUGACUUGGGCUCGUCCCACUUUUUUGAGGAGUUAUGCCGAGCUGCGUCGCUCAGCUUGUUGCGCAGCAGUGACACACGCACACACACACACACACACACACACGCACGCACGCACGCAAAACAACACACAAAAAAACCAAUCCAAUCGAUCACACUUUCUUCCACGCAAAUCUCGACCGGAGCAGCAGCUUUCUCUCCCCCCCCCACCCCCCGCCGUGAGGGGAUGGUCGAGGGUCCUCGGGGGCCAGGAGCGACUGCGCGGCUCCUCCACGACCGCUUCGUCUCGUUUGGGGUUCAGUCCAAAUUCAAAAGGAGAUGAGAGCCGCAAUUUACUACUUCCUGCUGUGGACGACGUACCUGCUGCUGGCCACCGCUCAGGAAGUGCACUUUCCCCAGGAGCUGAUCGACAGAUUGUCCCGCAGUGAAAUCCACAGCAUCAGCGACCUCCAGCGGCUGCUCGAAAUUGACUCCGUAGGUACGGGAAACGAUGUCAUCGAGGAGCCCAAGCAUCACAAGCACCACCACCACCACCACCACCACCAGCACCACCAGCACAAGAAUUCCUCCCGCCAUCCGGGUUACUAUAGCGACCUGAAGAGCUCGCAGCUCCACAGCCGCCGCAAGAGGAGCCUCGUGGAGGAGGCGGUCCCCGCGGCGUGCAAGACGCGGACGGUGAUCUACGAGAUCCCCAGGAGCCAGGUGGACCCCACGUCGGCCAACUUCCUGAUAUGGCCGCCCUGCGUGGAAGUCAAACGCUGCACGGGCUGCUGCAACACCAGCAACAUGCGCUGCCAGGCCUCGCGCAAGCACCACCGCACGGUUAAGGUGGCCAAGGUGGAGUACGUCAAAAGGAGGCCCAAGCUGAAAGAGGUCUUCGUACGGUUAGAAGACCACCUGGAGUGCGUGUGCACUUCGCAGCAUCACGUCGUGGAGCACGCCGACGCAGAAACAGUGGACGUGAGGUGAGGACGUCAGGCCGGGCUCACCGUCGCUACACAAAAGAACUUUUCCUAAUUAAGAGUGACGAACUUAAGAAACAAUGAUGCCAAAGGUGCUUUUUUUAAUGAUUAUUUUUUUGCUUAAAAAACAAAACAAAACAAAUAAAAGACUACCCAGGGAUGAUGAGGAGCGAGCGACGCAAAAGGGAGACGAAGAAAGGGAUUUUCGUGUUUGGGACACUACGGCGGUGUUUGAAAAAAGCGGCGGAGGACCUCCUGCAGGCCAACUCAAGUGCCCCGCCCCUCUUUUAAAACGGACGCGGGACGAAAGACGCCGACCGUGUACAGAGCCGGACGCUCUUUACAAACUAUUUAUACACGUGGACGCUCCGGAGGACUCGUCCAAUUUUCGCUAUCGUCAUCCUAUUAUUAUUGACAGUGUAUCGUCGAGUCUUGUGUACGCUUUGGAUUAACGACGGGAGGAGACGCGGGGAAAAGCCAAGUAGCAGGAAGAUGCUUUAUUUUUGUUAUGAAAUAUAUUACGCUUACUUUUCAUUGGUUAUUGAAUGUCUGUAUUUAAUCCAUUUUUGGGCGAGAAAAAAAAAAAGAAAAAUGCUCCUUUAGGUGCGAAAAUUAGGCGGACGCUAUCGGCAUUGUACGCGGACACGAGCUAUUUUUCAGCCGUAUCACUGUCAUGCUGAUAAGGAGGAUGCCCACCCAGUCUGCUGUAGCACACACACACACACACACACACACAAACACACACACACACACACACACAGAGAGAGAGAGCAAAGUUCACCUUAAAGAGUGAAUGAAUGAGCAGAGCAUGAAUGAGCUCCUUGUUCGGGGCCCGGCUUUGCUCUCCACGCAAUCCCCUCACACACAUCACAAACACGCAUCACAAUGACACGGAACAAACUGUUAUUUUUGUGCAAGCGGUGUCAAAGCAAGCGAGUCGCCGUCCAAACGCGACGCUAUCAGCUGAGACGACGCAAAGUCCCGCCGUCGUCGAGGGUGCUUUUAUUUAUACGCCACCACGUGUCUCGCCACUGUUUUUUUUUUUAUUUUUAUUUUUUUUAUUUUGCAAUCCAAUAACAAACAACAACAAAAAUCAAUUCAUAAUGUCUUUUUUUUUUUUACAAAAAGAAAACAAAACAAAACCUUUCUUUAUUGGAUAAAGACAGCAAUAAUCAUAAUUUAUCUAUUUAUGUUCAACAAUAAAUGUAUUUCUGAA